AUGGCUUGCCCACGACGACGGUUAUUCUCUGCUUUGUCUGCUCUUCGAGCGUCUGGCCGCCGCUUCUCGACUGAGGCGCGGUUAACGGCGGACCACGUCCGCAUCGUCGAGGUCGGGGCUCGCGAUGGGCUGCAGAACGAAAAGAAGUCGAUUUCGUUGGAGACGAAAAUCCAACUGAUUGAGAAACUGGCCCGGACGGGCGUCACGACGAUUGAAGCGGGCUCGUUUGUGCCGGCCAAAUGGGUUCCCCAGAUGGCGAGCACGGCAGAAAUAUGUGAAUAUCUUCUCCAGUCCCCUCCGCCUUGUCAACAUGCGAUCGCGUACAACUACCUCGUUCCCAACAUUAAGGGGCUGGAAGGUCUGGUCAAGAUCAUGGACAGACUGGGGGCGGCAGCAGAGACGGAUGGUUCGGAGACGAAGCCUGCGGCCAGAACAGAGAUCUCGCUGUUUGCCGCCGCGACCGAGUCCUUCUCCAAAGCCAACACCAACUGUACGGUGCAAGAGUCGCUCGAACGCAUCAAGCCCAUCGUGGCGCUGGCCAAGGAGAAGAAGAUCCGGGUGCGUGGAUACGUCUCGGUGGCGCUGGGCUGUCCGUACGAAGGGCCAGAUGUCUCGCCCUCCAAAGUAGCGGAGAUCACCGCGACCCUGCUGGAGAUGGGCGCGGACGAGGUGUCCGUGGCGGACACGACGGGGAUGGGCACGGCGCCACGCACGCAGAAGCUACUACAGACCCUCAAGGCGGCGGGGAUCGCCAGCUCCGACCUGGCGCUACACUUCCACGACACGUAUGGCCAGGCAUUGGUCAACACGGUCGUCGCCCUCGAACACGGCAUUCGCAUUUUCGACAGCAGCGUCGGCGGGCUGGGAGGCUGUCCGUACUCCAAGGGUGCCACCGGCAACAUCUCUACCGAGGACCUGGUACACACCCUGCACAGUCUCGGCAUGCACACGGGCGUCAACUUGGAGGAGAUGUCGCGCAUCGGGGCCUGGAUUAGCAGUGAGCUCGGCCGCCACAAUGACAGCAGGGCUGGCAAGGCCACAUUUGCGAGGCUUUCCGAAUAG